AUGAAAUCAUACGAAACUGUUAAUAAAAGUCUUUCAAACUUUGAUUUAGAAUUAGUCGAAAUGAAAAAAUACAUAUCCUUUGAUAAUAGUGCUGAAUGUUCUGCUCAAGCAUCACUCAAGAAUUAUAAUGAUGGUGAAGUACUAGCUGAACGAUUUAAUCCCGAUUCUGAAGAAGUACCGGCUAAACGAUUUAAUUCUGAUUCUGAAGAAU